AUGACUAUGAAAGAUCGGAUCGACUGGAAUCUGAACGAGUUUCCACAGGGCAUCAAGGACAUCGUCAUUGAGGCCCUGUGCAUCUACAAGGACCACCUCAAAAUCGCGAAGCACAUCAAGGAAUCGGCCGACCUUCUGUACGGCGGUCCGCAUCACUGCAUUGUGGGACGAAAAUUCUACGGGUGUGCGACUCUGGAACACUGGAUGCAGUGCCGUCUAGAUGAUGUCAGAAUUUACCUCUACAAGUCUCCGCGUUGGGCCACUUAG